GCAGAAGGCGACGCGGCCGGCCCAGCGCACGCGCUCAAGGCCUUCAACAUUAUUGGCGACGGCAACGGCCACAUCGGUGUCGGCGCGCGCGUCGGCAAGGAGGUGUCGCUGGCCAUUCGCGCCUCGAUGGUCGCGGCGAAGCUGAACAUUGUUCCCGUGCGCCGCGGCUACUGGGGCAACAAGAUUGGUGAGCCGCACACAAUCCCGAUGAAGGUGACGGGCAAGUGCGGCUCCGUGGCCGUCCGCCUGGUCCCCGCACCGCGUGGCACCGGCAUCGUCGCCGCCCCCGUCCCGAAGAAGAUUCUGGAGUUUGCCGGCGUCGAGGACGUGUACACAUGCUCCUGCGGCAAGACCCGCACGCGCGGCAACUUCAUCAUGGCGACCUUCUAUGCCCUGCGCAAGACCUACGGCUUCCUGACACCCGACCUUUGGGCCGAGACGGAGGUCUCGCGCGACCCCACGGACGAGCACUCGGACUUUCUCACCAUGGGAGGCAAGAUGAUCGCCGCGUGA